AGAUUCUGGUGAGAGAGAGCAAAUAUGAGUGCUAGUGAGGGAGAGAAGUUGUGUAAACAAAAAACACAGCCAUGUCUUCAAACAAUUCUUCAACACUUUCUAAUCCUCCUAUGUUCACAGGAGAAAAUUACAGUGUUUGGGCUAUCAAAAUGAAGGCCUUUCUAAAAGGUAAUGGUGUGUGGGAAUCUGUAGAAGAUGGGUUUCAUCCUCCUAUGCUGCCAAACAAUCCAACUGUAGCCCAAAUGAAGCAACAUGCUGACUAUGUUCAAGCCUCAUACAAAGCCCUCUCAUAUAUUCACAAUGCUGUAACAGAUGAUAUUUUCUCAAGGAUCAUGGGAGCAAAAAUAGCACAAGAAGCAUGGGAUACUCUUAAGAAAGAGUUUGACGGCAGUUCUUGGGUUGAAGAUCGAAGGGUGGUGGAAAAGAUUAUUGUUAGUGUACCAGAUAAAUUUGAGUCUAAGAUUUCUGCCAUAGAGGAAUCUUGUGACCUCAAAGAGUUAACCAUCACUGAGCUUAUAAGCAAGCUUCAAGCUCAUGAGCAAAGGCUGGUUAUGAAAACUGAUGAAACUACAGAAGGAGCCUUCCUUGCAAGGCAAAAAGGCAAACAACCAGCCACCAGUUCUGAAAGCAAUAAGACCAUGGGUUUUAACCAAGCAUAUCAGCACCAUCAGCAAAGUAGAAAAUGGAGGUUUCCUCCAUGUUGUCAUUGCCGAAAAACAAACCAUGAAGAAAAAGAUUGUUGGUUCAAAGGCAAAUCACAGAUUCAGUGCAGAUUUUGUAAAAAGUAUGGCCAUUUUGAGAAGAAUUGCAGGGAUCAGUGUAAGGAGGACUACUUGUUCACAAUGUCACAUGGUUCAUCUCUGCCAUCUAGUAGUUGGUUUGUUGAUAGUGGAUGCACUAAUCAUAUGGCUCGGGAUGAAAAUUUCUUCAUUGAAAUGGACAAAUCAGUUAUUACAAAUGUCAAGUUAGAAAAUGGUACUGUGGUGAGAUCACAAGGGAAAGGUACUGCUGUUAUUCAAACUAAAACAGAGAGGAAAAAUAGAACCGUUAUGGAGAUGGCAAGGUGCAUGUUAGCAGAGAAGAAAUUGCCUAAAUGUUUUUGGGCUGAAGCAGUUUAUACAGCUGUCUAUCUCUUAAAUGGUCUACCAACAAAGGCGGUAAAAGGCAUAACACCUAUUGAGGCUUGGUAUGGUCAAAAACCAUCAGCUGAUCAGUUGAGGGUGUUUGGUUCAAUUUGUUAUAAUCAUGUUCCAGCAGCUAAAAGAGGAAAAUUAGAUGAGAAGGUAGAAAUUGGGAUCUUUAUAGGCUAUGCAACAGAAGCAAAAGGCUAUAAGGUGUAUGAUCCUAUAUCCAAGAAGGUGCCAAGGGCCUGGUAUUGCAGAAUUGAUGACUAUUUGAUGAGUCAAGGAUUCAGGAGGAGCACAGAAGAAGCAACUUUGUAUGUGAAAGGCAGUAGCAGUGAAUCUCAGCUUAUUUUGUCACUUUAUGUGGAUGACUUAUUGUUAAUUGGAAAUGAUUUGAAGUUGAUGGAACAAUUCAAGAAGGUUAUGAUGCAGGAGUUUGCAAUGACAAAUUUGGGAGAGACAAAGUAUUUUCUGGGACUUGAAGUUCAGCAAUUGAGCAAGGGAAAUUUCAUUUGCCAAAGAAAGUAUGCAGUGGAUAUCUUGAAGAAGUUUGAAAUGGAGAGUUGUAAACCAGUUGCCACUCCACUGGUUCAAUAUGAAAAGCUUUCCAAGGAUGAUCGAGAAACCAAGGUUGAUUCCUCCUACUACCGAAGUUUAAUUGGUAGCCUGCUUUAUUUAACUGCUACAAGACCUGAUUUGAUGUUUGUAGCAAGCUAUUUGUCAAGGUUUAUGUCAGCUCCUAGUAAACUUCAUUUAGUUGCAACCAAGAGAGUUCUUAGGUACAUCAAAGGAACCUAUGAACUUGGCUUGUGGUUUGACAGUAAUCAACAAGGAAGGUUACAGGGGUAUGCUGAUAGUGAUUGGGCAGGUUCUAUGGAGGAUAUGAUAAGCACAAUAGGUUAUGUGUUCUCCUUUGGUUCAGGGAGUUUCUCUUGGAAUUCAAAGAAGCAGGAUGUUGAAGCUCAGUCCACAGCUAAGGCCGAGUAUUUAGCAGCUGGGGCAGCAGCGAAUCAUGCUAUUUGGCUUAGAAUGGUGCUUGAAGAACUUGGUUUUGAUCAAAUGGAGCCUUGUGUACUCAAGGUAGAUAACAUGUCAGCAAUUGCUAUUGCUCAAAAUCCAAUGCAGCAUGGUAGGACCAAACGCAUCAAGAUUAAAUAUCAUGUUAUCAGAAAUUAUGUUCGGGACAAAGAGAUUGUUUUGCAACAUUGUGAUUCUGAAAUUCAAGUUGCAGAUAUUCUGACUAAAGCUCUUCCAAAGCAGAAAUUUGAAGAGUUCAGAAUUAUGCUUGGAGUUACAAAUAUAAAAAGCAAGGAGGAGUGUUGAAGAUAUCAGUUAACAGCAGUUAUGCUUUUUUUAAUUUGUAACUGGUUUAUUGUUUUCUACAGUUAGUUCUACAAGUUAGCUACAUUAGGAGUAGUUAUUUUUAUCCUUUAUGAAAAAACUGUAAUGGAUAAGUUGCUGUGUAUGUCAGUUAUCAAUCUGCAAUGAAAUAGAGCUCCACAUCCGAGAAGCUCAUAAAAUCCAGAUUAGUGUGUUCUUUAGUUUACUGCAGAAAUUAACAGUUACACCUUUC